AUGCUAGUUAUGCCACCACUAUUCUGUUCAUAUUAUUAUUCUUCGAGAAAAUGUGUAAGAUGUUUUUGAUCGUUACACAGCACGUGUUCGGAUUGUGCUUAGAUCCAUUAUUUUGGGCUUGGGCCUUUAUCUCUUUUAUUAUUUUCAUUAUUUUGAUUGCUUUAAGCUGACUAUCACUGCAACUUGGGCUUCAUUUCUUUGGGCUUGCUUUGGACAAUGAUGCCUUUGGGCUUUUGUUUGGAGCUUGAAUGAUCCAAGGAUUAAAUCUGGAUGAAGGCCAAUAAAGGAGCCGUCCUUAGGGUUCUAGUGGGGACGCCGGGACGGCUCUCACUCACUCCUCUCUAAUUUUCCCUUGCUCCUUUUUUUAGGAUCACUGUAUAUAUAUUUUCUUUUCUUUUCUCCGAGGCACUGUAAGUAAUUUAUAAUUUUGAAGGGAAGGAGGAGUGUUUGUUGGGAAGCUGUUUCUUUGAGAGAGAAACUGAAGCAUUGAAGCAUUGGAGAGCUAAAACUCGAGAACCGGAUUUACAGAUAUUAGACUCCCCUUCUGGUCAUUUGGCUUUUAGCUUAUUCCUCAAGAAUCAAUCUCAGCUUCACAACUUAGGUGUUGGUAACAUCAAAUGGUUCAACAAACAGUCCAUCAAGCCUUGAAAUUGAAAUCGCUCUCAGAAGUCUAAAAGUUUCAUAAAGAAAAACGGUGAAUGGAAGCAUUUUGCUGAGAUAUGGUGUUGCAGACUAGUGGAAGGAAUUAAAGGAGACUGGAAAUGCUGAACAGGUUUUCUAGACGGUUGUUCUGCACUGCCUCUCCUCGACCGUGGCUUUUCGUGGGCUUGGGCAACCCUGGGGAUAAAUACAAAGGAACAAGACACAAUGUGGGGUUUGAGAUGAUCAAUGCCUUUGCUGAAUCACAAGGGAUUCCAAUGGACACAGUUCAUUGCAAAGCAAUCUUUGGACAAGGUUUUGUUGAUGCUGUUCCUGUUUUCCUCGCAAAGCCUCAGACUUACAUGAAUUUGAGUGGUGAAUCAGCUGGCCCACUUGCAGCUUAUUAUAAGCUACCUCUUAAUCGUGUGGUUGUGUUUCAUGAUGACAUGAGCUUGCCAUGUGGGGUGCUCCGUCUUCACCACAAAGGAGGCCAUGGAAACCACAAUGGGUUGAAGAGCGUGAUUUAUCAUUUUCGAGGGAACAGAGAAUUUCCUCGGCUAAGAAUUGGUAUUGGAAAGCCUCCUGGUCAAAUGGAUCCCAAAGCAUUCUUGCUCCAGAAGUUCAGUGCAACAGCUCGAGAACGAAUUGAUGCUGCUUUACAAGAAGGGGUUGGUGUACUGAAGCUCCUUUCAUCAAAGGGAUUGACAGAGAGUGCAAGAUGCUUCAACACAGAGCAAAAGUACAAGCAUAUAAGAGUGCAGAACAUGCAGACAUAACAUCUUCAAGCUUUCUUUUCUGUAAAUUUAUCCACAAAGCAUGUGAUUUUUUUUUCUUUUUUCGUAAAUGAGUGUUUGGAUUCUUUAUAUUUCAUGUCAAGAAUGAAAAUAUUCAUGAUA